AUUCCGAUACAUUCUUUGAUAGCUUCGCCAUUUGGCUAUUGCCGAGGAGCUGCUACAGUGACGAUGGCGUUUGAUGCGGCGGGAGCGGCAGGUCUGGAGCAAUUCACGCUGCUGGCCAAGAACGCACGUGGUCGGGCGUGUGUGGCGCUGAUCCAACAGGUGCUGAGCAAUAAGAAACUGUUCGUGUUCCGCGAGUUGCUUGAUAUGCCCAACGUGGAGGCGCUCAAGGACUCGGAGCACAUGGAACACUACGAGCUACUGCGCAUCUUUAGCUUUGGCACAUACAACGAUUAUCUGGGUGGGUUGGUAUUCCUCUAUUGUAUGCUGGGUUCUGUUGGGUUGAGUGGCUAAGGGUGCUGUUGUUACAGCCCGAAAGGACGAGCUGCCAGACCUCACGCCGCAGCAAAUGAACAAGCUCAGGAAACUGACGGUGGUGUCACUCGCACACAGAUUCAAGAACAUCCCUUACGACACAUUGAUACAGGAUCUGGGUGUAUCAACGGUGCGCGAGGUGGAAGAUAUUCUCAUCGACACUAUCUACUCUGGAUUAGUUCAAGGCAAGCUGGACCAGAAGUCGCGUUGUUUUGUUGUCAAGUACGCGGUCGGACGUGACACGCGCCAUGAGGACAUCGACGACAUGAUUCAGAAGCUCUCGAACUGGAAAGCGCAAUCUGCUGAAAUCUGCGAAAAGAUUAACACCAUUCUCACGUUGGCGGAGAAGCAGGAAGAGGAAGAAUGGACGCGGGAGGAAAACAUUCGCUCUAUGAUGGCUGCUCGCGCCGGUGAGCGUGGUAAAGGUUUUGCUUCUGGUGCUGCUAGCCUGCGCUCUGGAGAAGACUUCGCUAUGUACGCGGAAGCUGGUCCCCGACGAGGAGCACCGUCCAAGCAGCGCAUGCACUCGAUGGGCCGCAAAGGCCGGAUGUAAGCGCAGUGACAACUAAAAUCAAUGCCGCGUCACUAAUAAGAGCGAGCCCAAGUCCUAGUGAAACUCUUGACGUUGAAGUCAUGCUAGCUGGUCCAAUUUUAUCCAAUCAUAUUGUUCCAAUUCAAACUUGCAUUCACUUGGUCUCAGUAUCGCCACUAACCUCC